AUGAAAAUAAAGGCCCUCACACGCACUGCGUCGCAGCAGCAGACGCCUGGCACUUCGGUGCAGCGCCAGACUCGCAACCUGGACCCAGCAUUACACCCCUUCGAGCGCGCCCGCGAAUACACCAGAGCCCUGAAUGCAACCAAGAUGGACCGUAUGUUUGCUCAGCCCUUCCUGGCACAGCUCGGCCGCGGUCACGUCGAUGGAGUCUACACCAUGGCCAAAGACCCAAACUCGCUCGAGAGAUUCGCCUCGGGUUCUGGUGAUGGUGUCGUCAAAGUCUGGGACUUGACCACGAGAGACGAAAUCUGGCAGGCACAGGCACACGAGAAUAUCGUCAAGGGCAUGUGCUGGACACACGACAAAAAACUCCUGUCCUGUGGCAGCGACCGCAGCAUCAAAAUGUACGACCCUUACAACCAAGCCUCGAACGCUGCUCCUCUGUCAACAUACCUGGGCCCCGCCGCCUUCACCUCCAUGACAAAACACCGCACCGAGCCAGCCGUCGCCGCUGCAUCCUCAGUAAUCAGCAUCUACGAUCUCAACCGACCAAACUCUGCUCCCCUGCAAACGCUACAAUGGCCCAACAGCAUCGACACAAUCACCGCCCUCAAAUUCAACCAGACCGAAACUUCCAUCUUGGCGUCGACCGCAACCGACCGCUCCCUAAUCUUCUACGACAUGCGCACCUCUUCCCCUCUGCACAAAUCAGUGCUUACCUUGGCCUCCAACGCAAUCUCCUGGAACCCCAUGGAAGCCUUCAACCUGGCAGUCGCAAACGAAGACCACAACAUCUACAUUUUCGACAUGAGAAACCUGAAGCGCGCACUGAACGUCCUCAAAGACCACGUAGCCGCAGUGAUGGACGUGGAAUUCUCUCCUACAGGUGAAGAAUUGGUCUCGGCCAGUUACGACCGCAGCGUGCGCUUGUGGUCCCGCAACACCGGCCACAGCAGAGACGUCUACCACACCAAGCGCAUGCAACGCGUCUUUUCUGCUGCGUGGACCCCGGACAACAAUUACAUCCUCAGCGGCUCCGACGACGGAAACAUCAGACUCUGGCGUGCUCGCGCUUCUGAGCGUCAGGGAGUCAAGUCUGCAAGACAGCGCCAGCAACUUGAAUACGAUAGAGCGCUUGUGGAGAGAUACAAGCACAUGCCCGAGAUCAAGAGGAUACACAGACACAGGCAUUUGCCCAAACAGGUCAAGAAGGCGGGCGAGAUCAAGGGUGAAGAGCUCAAGGCCAUCAGGCGCAGAGAGGAGAAUGAGAGGAAGCAUUCCAGUAGGGGAGACACCAAGAGGAGGAGUGAGAGAGAGAAGAUGGUGCUGCAGACCGAGCAGUAG